AUGUUCUGGCCAAACUUAAAUAGUCAAUUAGAGGAUUAUAUUGGCAAAUGCCAGGCCUGUCUAACGUAUAAGAACCAAAAUUCUAAAGAAACGAUGAUCCCACACGAUAUACCAAAUAGGGCAUGGUCCAAGAUAGGGACCGAUAUCUUUCAUUUGAAAGGUAACAUAUAUUUAAUAAUAAUAGACUACUACAGUAAAUACAUAGAAGUAAUUCAAUUACAAAAUUCAACUUCGGAUGAGGUAAUCAAACAAUUAAAAAUUGUGUUCUCUAGACAAGGUAUUCCGGAUAUUGUCAUGUCAGAUAAUGGUCCAGAGUAUAACUCUCACGCAUUUCAAAUAUUUGCACGGCAGUGGUGUUUUAGUCACAUAACGUCAUCACCUUGUUACCCACAGUCGAACGGUCAAAGUGAAAGAGCUGUACAAAUAGUAAAAAAGAUGUUAAAAAAGACACAGCAUGAUAAAACUGAAUUUAGACUUGCUCUUUUGGAAUACUUAAAUACUCCUGUUAGUUCCAACUUAGCUUCACCCACGGAACUGCUAAAUAACAGACAUUUAAGAAGCAUAAUUCCAUGUUGUCCAAAAUUAUUAAAACCAAAAAUUCAAAAGCAUGUAAAAAGAGAACUAAGUAUUCGACAAAGCGCACAACGUAAACGUUACGAUAAAGGUGCGAGAGAUUUAUUACCAUUGGUACCGGGACAAAAUAUUAAAGUUAGAAUAGAUAAAACUUGGAGCAGCGGUGUCGUUGAGUCCUUGGUAGGGAAACGUUCAUAUCAAGUGAAACUAAAACAUGGCGGUACAUUAAUUAGAAAUCGCCGACAUUUAAUUAUCGAUGUCAUCGCAACAGUCAGCUGA